CGUCGGGCUUUUGUUCCGGUAGAAGCCGCGUUCUCGCUUCAACAGUGCUUGAACGGAACCGGCCCGCUUCCCCCCCCACCCCACCCCUACCGUCCGUCUAUCCAUCCAUCCAUCCAUCCAUCCGUCGGUCCGUCCGUCCGUCCGUCGCCGCGCCAUGGACUCCCAGAUCCGCCAGAACUACCACCGCGACUGCGAGGCCGCCGUUAACCGCAUGGCCAACAUGGAGCUCCACGCUUCCUACGUCUACCUCUCCAUGGGGUUUUACUUCGAGCGGGACGACGUGGCGCUGCCCCGCCUGGGCCGCUUCUUCCUGGAGCAGUCGCGGGAGGAGCGGGAACACGCCGAGGGGCUCCUGCGCUUCCAGACUCGCCGCGGCGGCCGGGUGCUGCUGCAGGACGUCAAGAAGCCAGAGCGCGACGCCUGGGGCUCAGCGCUGGAGGCGGUGGAGGCGGCGCUGCAGCUGGAGAAGUCGGUGAACCAGGCGCUGCUGGACCUGCACCGCCUGGCUUCUGAGAAGGGGGACCCCCAUCUCUGCGACUUCCUCGAGUCCCACUACCUGGAUGAGCAGGUGAAGGCCAUUAAGGCGCUGGGAGACCACAUCACCAACCUGCGGCGCCUGACUGGGGGGGCCGGGGGGCCAGGAGGGGCCCCGAGCGGCCUUGGCGAAUACCUCUUCGACCGCCUCAGCCUGGAGGAGCGCAGCUGAGCCCCCCUUCCAUGGGCGGCCCCCUGGGACCUACCCUCCCAGGACUCUUCCCUCCUCAGACCCUGUAACUCCCCUGCCCCAUCCAAGGGGGCUUGCCUGCUGGGGGUCUUUCCUCUGCCCCCAGCAUGACUCCAAAUAAAGGGUUCUCCCCUUGC